AUGAUGGCGAUGAUGAUGACUGGCCGUGUGCUGUUGGUGUGUGCCCUCUGCGUGCUGUGGUGCGGUGCCGGCGGUGGUUUUUGUGAGGGAGCUUUGGAGGAUGAAUUCUGCAGUAAGUCAUAUGUGGAGGCUUUGAGUUUGCUGGCGAAUAAGACUGAUGAUGAGAUUAAGGAGAAAUACUGCAAACAGGACGAUGAAAAAACAACGUGUUUAAAGACGUUGAGGAGUAAUAUUGCAGAUGCGCUGAAGAAAGAAAAGACGAAGGAAGACAGCGCAGCUCACAGAGAGUCCGACAUCUCGAGGGAUACGGGAGCGUCAGUUGGCAGCUCAAGAGCGAAAUCUUCAAAGGCAGCCGGCGCGAAUACUGCCGUAUUGUCACCUCCGCCUCCUUUAAAUGUGAUUGGUGGUGUCGAUGCCCAAAUUCACGGAUCAGCAGGUGGUGCUGGCCACCAGCAGCAUUCCGAUGACGUGCGCAGUGAAGCAGAGCAAAGGAAUCACCCAGAGUCGGGGCGCUGCAGCGAAGGCCAAGCUGCCUUGGGCGAAUGCAUUCAUGUGCCCGCAGGUGACGCAGCGGCGGAGGGAUCGCGUCAACACCGAGUGGACGUGCAAGGCAAAAAGAUCCACAAAAAAGAAGAACAUACACCAGAAGCAGGACUGAAGUCGGCCGAAGCACGGGAAGGCACGGAGGAAGCACCGGCAACACCGCAAGAUCCAACAAAUACGGCUGAAUCACACGAGGAUAAAUCCCAGAGAGUGGCUGCACCCGCCACAAUUCCUGCAGAGAAUACAUCGUCAGGCAGCAGUCAGGAACAAACAUCUCAGUCCUCAUCUCCCAGUGGCAGUGAAACCACCGGAAGCUUGGAUAACGAGGUUCCAGAAGAGACCUCCAUAAAUACGCAAAUGUCUGGUGCACCAUUCAACGGUGAAGGAAAACACCGUGAGAGUACAGCUGGGAAUGAAGACACAACAAAAGUUGUAUCUGCAGCUGUGCAAAGUAAUACGGCGACACCUGGCGACAGUGACGGCAGCACCGCGGUCUCCCACUCCACCUCCCCUCUUUUGCUUCUUCUUCUUCUUGUUGUUGCGUGUGCGGCUGCUGCUGCGGUGGUGGCCGCGUGA